CCUUGACAGCUGUUCCAUGGCGAGUGAUCGGGAGCCGCAGGUCGCCACUCGGAACGGGCGCUGAGCCAGCGGGAGCGGGGUCGGAUGUGGAGCGCUGAGGAUGAGCCAAAGUGAUGCUGGCGGAGAGGGAGCCUCCAUUGCCCCUCUCUGCGCCUCCUUCAAUCAGGAUUGCACGUCUUUGGCAGUCGGUACAAGCUCUGGUUAUAAGCUUUUCUCCCUGGCUUCAGUGGACAGAUUAGAAGAAAUCUACAGAUGCACGGACACGCCCGAUGUGUAUAUUGUGGAGCGACUGUUCUCCAGCAGCCUGGUGGUCGUCGUCAGCCUUUCAACACCGCGGAGGAUGAAUGUCUAUCAUUUCAAGAAAGGGACAGAGAUUUGCAAUUACAGCUAUUCCAAUACCAUCCUCACCGUUAGGCUCAAUCGACAGAGGCUGAUAGUUUGCUUGGAAGAGUCCAUUUAUAUUCAUAACAUCAAGGAUUUAAAGUUACUGAAAACUAUUCAAGAUAUACCACCAAACCGCACAGGUCUCUGUGCACUUUCCAUCAAUCAUUCCAACUCAUACUUGGCAUAUCCUGGCAAUGCCACAAUAGGGGAGAUAGUGAUUUAUGAUGCAAAUAACCUGCACAAUGUUUCCGUAAUCCCUGCACAUGAUGGUCCACUUGCUGCAUUAACAUUCAACUUCACAGCUACCAAGCUGGCAAGUGCAUCUGAAAAGGGUACAGUUAUUCGUGUGUUUUCUACCCCUGAGGGACAGAAGCUUUAUGAAUUCAGGAGAGGAAUGAAAAGGUAUGUAAAUAUCGGCUCACUGGCAUUCAGCAAAGACUCCCAGUUCCUGUCAGCUUCGAGUAAUACUGAAACUAUUCAUGUCUUCAAACUUGAACAGCCCAGCCAAAGGCCCCAGGACGAGUCUCCAACUUGGAGUGGAUACAUGGGGAAGAUGUUUAUGGCAGCCACCAACUACCUCCCUGCCCAGGUAUCAGACAUCAUGAACCAGGAUCGAGCAUUUGCCACUGUGCGUCUAAACUUCUCUGGACAAAAGUGCAUCUGUAUGCUUACUAUAAUUCAGAAGUUGCCUCGACUGCUUGUUGCUGCAUCAGAUGGUUUCCUCUACAUUUAUAACCUGGACCCUCAUGAUGGUGGAGAGUGUGUUCUCGUAAAGAAACACAGGCUACACAAUGAAGAUGACAGCUGUAACACUGAUAAAUCUGACUUGGCACCUUCCAUCUCUCCAACGUACGCAGCGACCGUUGCCAAAACCAGCCCAGUGCCUUCAGUGUCGACGGCAUCAGGAUACUCUGAAGAAGGUGGUGCUCUGCAUGGUGAGAUCAUUCCGGAGCACGAGUUUGCUGCUGGACCAUUGCAUCUGGAUGAUGAGACUGAGUUCCCUCCUAUAUAUUCAUGCCGAGGAAGCCAGAGUGAAAAGACGAAGAAGUUGUGAGACUGAAAAACACGAUUAAUAUCGUGAGUGAAGAUAGAGAUUAUAAACAGCACGAUUUGAAGAAUGAAGAGCAUGAAAUUGGUAUGCAUGAAUUGGAGUAAUAAUAAUAUUCUGCAUUUCAUGUUUUGUUUGGGGGAAAAGAGCAAAACAAAAUUCCAAUGAAUUUAUCUCUAUGUCUGUCACCAGCUUUAGUUAUUCUACUGGAGCCAGAAUGGGUGUGUUACAUAGUAGAGAACAUUGCUAAACUAAUCAAGAUUAGCAUUACCACAUUGAAAAAAAAUACCUUUCUUUAGUAUGGAUAUUUAAAGUUAUUUUUAAAAGUUUUAUAAUAUAGCAUUUACUUUAAAAAAAAACUCAUCCAGCAUGUAUUUUGUUCUGAAUAUAUCCUAAACAUCUUAUAAAAAUAGCAAUUAGUCAACUCAGGCGAUGCCCCCUCUCAGCCAAGCAAGCUGCUCAGUGUGGUGGUCAAGGUUUUUUAAUUGUGAAUGAAGUUGCACAAAAUUGUAAUGUUCACCAAAUAAUAUAGUAGCAAUAGUAAUAAAGUGUUGCAAUAUC